GGUGUGUAGCUCUGUUAGUUCAUGUUCUGAAGCCUCUCUCCACAACAAACAGUUAUUUCUGCUGCUGAAGAUGGAGGGAUACAGAAGUUUUUUGUUUUUUCUCGUGUCCUCGCUGUUGUUUGGUUUUUUGGGAGUUAUUUUUGUCCUGGUCUGGGUUUUGUACUGGAGAGAAGGCCUCGCCUGGAAUGGAGGGGCUGCUGAGUUUAACUUGCACCCUCUCUUAGUAAUUACAGGAUUCGUGUUUAUUGAAGGAAUUGGUAGGUCUGCGUUAAGAGAUAUUGCAUGGGUUAAACGAGUAAGUGAACUCGUAAAAAUUAUAAGUGAAUUCACUGAGAGUUUCAAAAUAAAUUUUAAAAAUAGCCAAAAUGGCUAAAUUCUCUAAAGUCAUCUAUGCUUUAAUUUUUGCUAAUUUGGCCUGAACAAAAAAACAUUGUGGGACCCAGUCGGUUAAUAUAUAAUUGUUUUUAAUGACCUACAACUGUAUGUAAUUAUUAUGUAUUGUAAACUAUUCAAACAACAUGCACUUUGUUACUGAAUGCAUGAUUAUCAGUAAAUGUUUUUUGGUUUUUUUUGUAUUAUUCUUGUGAUUAGGUUGGUCAAAUUCAGACAAACCUCUAAUGCAAUGUGUCUGGUGAGCCAUUACAUUUUACACUCUGAGUGCCUGGUGGUUCAUCUCUGCCAGACUUUUUUUUGUAUAAUGAAUAAAAAAAAUAGUUUUUUAAAAAUAUUUUUUCAAAAGUCUCAGUCAGUAAGAGUUUAUUCACAAUACUACACAUUCCUGAAAAUUUACGUUUUAAUACAUUCAAGGCCAACAUUGACGGAAAAAUUGGCUUUUUUUGGUCUGAAAUUUGCAAUGACCUUGUCAAUUUUCCACAGUUGUCCGUUUUCAUAAAUAAACUGGAAUGAAAAAGAAAAAGCAGGAGAUGGGUUUGAAAGUAAAAUUAAGCUUUGUUAGAGAGUUGCUACAUUGCUAAAUUACUCAAUAGAGAAACAUAGAAACAUAGAAUGUGACGGCAGAUAUGAACCAUUCGCCCAUCUAGUCUGCCCAAUUUUCAAAAUACUUUCAUUAGUCUCUGGCCUUAUCUUAUAGCUAGGAUAGCCUUAUGCCUAUCCCACGCAUGCUUAAACCUAUUCCUCUGUAAACUCACAUGUAACAAAUGACUCGUUUAUCCUUUUUCCUCACUGAAGUCCCUUUCCUUCAUUUUCAUCUGUAAAUACUGAACAAAAAUAUUUGUUGAGGCAGUCAGCUAUACCUUUAUCCUCUUCUACAAACCUUACUUCUUUUGUUUUUAAUCUAACUAAUCCUUGUUUUACUUUCCUUUUCUCAUUUAUGUAUCUAAAAAAAAAUUUGUUUCCUUUUUUUUUUUUUACUGACUGUGCUAUUUUCUCUUCUGUGUGUGAUUUGGAAGCUCUUAUAACUUGCUUUGCCUCUUUCUGCCUAAUCUUAUCGAUCUGUCUAUCGUACUCAAUCUGUUUUUUUUUUUUAUAAUUACAGAAUGCUAACAUUUUGUUUUUUACUAUUUUGGCCACUUUGGUGGAUUACCACAGGGGUUUCUUAAAAUUUUUGCCUUCAUUUGUGCAACUUUUAAAUAUUCCAAUAUCUCUUGGACUCCAUUGAAACUGCUCCAGUCUGAUAAUGACUCCUUUAGACUUCAUUAAGUCUAAAACUUUAAUUUUUGUAUGGUGUGACUCAGUCACGGUUCCAAUAUUAAACCACACUGACUGAUGAUCACUGGAUCCUAAACUUUCACCUACAGCAAUAUCUGAUACCAAAUCUCCAUUUGUUAACACUAAAUCUAGUAUGGCCUCCUUACAAGUUGGCUCUUCAACGACUUGUUUUAGAGACAAUCCCAGUAGGGAGUUUAGAAUAUGUGUGCUCCUGGCACAAGCAGCUGUUUUGGUUUUCCAAUUCACAUCAGGAAGAUUAAAUCAUUUUAGCUAUUUCCUCAACUAGUAGAUUAUUUAACUCUUCAAUAUGUCCUGGGGGCCUAUAAAUCACACCUACACGAGUUACUGUGUCAUUAACAAAUUCUAACAUAACCCAAACGGACUCUCUGUUCGCAUCACUACAUUUUUAUUAGGCUAGAUUUAAUGCUAUCCUUCACAAACAGGGCCACCCCUACCCAUUUCUUGCCUCCCCUGUCUUUUCUAUAUAAAGAGUACCUUGGUAUUGAUAUGUCCCAGUCAUUUUUCUCAUUAUACCAUGUGUCAGUAACAGCGACUAAAUCUACGUUAUCCUGUACCACAGGAUUCAACAAACCUUCUUCUAACAGGAUGCUGAAAUAGAUGCAUUCAUUACAUUACACUUGAUCUCAGACCUGCUAAAGUGUCUGUUUACUAAGUUUCAAGUUGGUCUGAGAUGACUAUUGACAAGUAUUGCUUAGAUUUUUUAAAAAGGGUAUGCAGGGAGAGUUGGAAAAAAAUAUCUACAGCCCUUUGGAGUUGGAGAUGCUGAACCAAACUUUAUGGUGGUUGAGCAUCAUGUAAAAUGUAGUUAAGAUAUGUUAGCAGGUGCCUUGUCUAGGUGGUUACAGCACCAGGGGUUUCAGCCCAUGAGUAAAUUUUGAUGGCUCAUCUCACAUAUUGUGACUUUCUCCCCUCAUAAAACUAGCUUUAUAAAGUGCCCACAGUCCUACACUGGAGCCUAAUGUGUUCUAUGUAUCACACUGUGACACCAAAUCUGUGAUUGAAUUCAGAGUUUUCCAUGAAUAUAUAAUUAAUAAACUACACACCUGCUGUAUAAACCCCAGUCCAUGCUCUAUUAACUCGUAACCAGUGCAAAAAAUUCUUAACGUCAACUUCCAAAACAUCUAACACGGAGUGUGUUUAAUUUCACACUUAAUGCCCCCUUGUGGAAGGAUUGUACAUAUUGCUAGAUUACUUUCUGAUGGUUAUAAUUUCAUUAUAUAUUUUUUUCUGAAAUCCCAUGAUUGCAUGAAUCUGCAUGAACCAGUCUCCUGUUACUUCAUAGACUGUCUGCCAUCAUAAUUUCAAAUGGGUCAAUUCACAAGCAAAUAUAACCCAUAUAUAACUGUACAAUAAGAUGACUUAAAAGUAGGGAGACAAUGUAAUAGAGCAGCAGGAAAUGCUAGCAGAAUGCUUGGUUGUAUAGGGAAAGGUAUUAGCAGUAGAAAGAGGGAAGUGCUCAUGCCAUUGUACAGAACACUGGUGGGACCUCACUUGGAGUAUUGUACACAGUACUGGAGACCGUAUCUUCAGAAGGAUAUUGAUACUUAGAGAGGGUUCAGAGAAGGGCUACUAAACUGGUUCAUGGAUUGCAGGAUAAAACUUACCAGGAAAGGUUAAAGGAUCUUAACAUGUAUAGCUUGGAGGAAAGACGAGACAGGGGGGAUAUGAUAGAAACAUUUAAAUACAUAAAGGGAAUCAACACAGUAAAGGAGGAGACUAUAUUUAAAAGCAGAAAAACUACCACAACAAGAGGACAUAGUCUUAAAUUAGAGGGACAAAGGUUUAAAAAUAACAUCAGGAAGUAUUACUUUACUGAGAGGGUAGUGGAUGCAUGGAAUAGCCUUCCAGCUGAAGUGGUAGAGGUUAACACAGUAAAGGAGUUUAAGCAUGCGUGGGAUAGGCAUAAGGCUAUCCUAACUAUAAGAUAAGGCCAGGGACUAAUGAAAGUAUUUAGAAAAUUGGGCAGACUAGAUGGGCCGAAUGGUUCUUAUCUGCCGUUACAUUCUAUGUUUCUAUGUUUCUAUAGCUAGGAGAAAAGACGAGACAGGAGGGAUAUGAUAAAAACAUUUAAAUGCAUAAAGGGAAUCAACACAGUAAAUGAGGAGACUAUAUUUAAAAGGAGCACUAUAGGGUCAGAAACACAAACAUGUAUUCCUGACCCUAUAGUGUUAAAACCACUAUCUAUCCCCCUUGGCCCCCUUGCCUCCCUAAAGAUAGUAACAUCUUACUUGUAUUCAAGUCUGAAGCUGCUGCCUCUGCCUGUGAACUUCCUCUGACCUCUAACAUCAGAAGUGGUGGCCUGAUCCAAUCACAAUGCUUCCCCAUAGGAUUGGCUGAGACUGACAAGGAGGCAGAUCAGGGGCAGAGCCAGCACAAUUCAAACACAGCCCUGGCCAACAGCAUCUCCUCAUAGAGAUGAAUUUAAUCAAUGGAUCUCUAUGAGGAAAGUUCAGUGUCUGCAUGCAGAGGGAGGCGAUACUGAAUAUUUGGGUGCAUUUUAGGCAGCCGUGACCCAGGAAGGAUCUCUAACAGCCAUCUGAGGAGUGGCCAGUGAAGUUAUCACUAGGCUGUAAUGUAAACACUGCAUUUUCUCUGAAAAGACAGUGUUUACAGCAAAAAGCCUUAAGGUAAUGAUUCUACUCACCAGAACAAAUUCAAUAAGCUAUAGUUGUUCUGGUGACUAUAGUGUCCCUUUAAAAGAAGAAAGAAGUUUAAAAAUAAUAUCAGGAAGUAUUACUUUACUGAGAGGGUAGUGGAUGCAUAGAAUAGCCUUCCAGUUGAAGUGGUAGAGGUUAACACAGUGAAGGAGUUUAAGCAUGAGUGGGAUAGGCUUAAGGCUUAAAGUGGUCUGGAUGCCAACUCACAUCACCUUUAACCCUGAGCAUGUAAUUAUUGCAGUUUUUAUAAACUGCAAUAAUUACCUUGCAGGGUUAAGUCCUCCUCUAGUGGUGGUAUCCCCACAGGAAAGCAUUGGGUCUACCCCGCCAGCGGACGUCAGCAGGGGAGGAGCGUGGGCGGAGCUUAGUCAGUGCUGAGGGACAUCAACGCUGGACCCAGCUAAGUGACUGAAGGGGUUAAUAACCCCUUUAGUUCCGCAGGAGGAGGCCUUGACAGAGAAAGAAGCUAUAAUGCCAGGAAAACGAGUUUGCUUUCCUGGCACUAUAGUUUUCCUUUAAGAUAAGGCCAGGGACUAAUUAAGGAAUUUAGAAAAUUGGGCAGACUAGAUGGGCCGAAUGAGUCUUAUCUGCCGUCACAUUCUAUGUUUCUAUAUUUUAGAUUUACAUAUAUCCUAUUUGCAUAUAAGUAAAUUGUUCUUGAAAGUUUUUUUUUUUUUAAUUCUUUAUUUUUCAGUGCAUCAACAGUGAUACAGACAUUUCUGCUUAUGCCACGAUUGUAUAAGGUUAAGUUAACGUAACAAACAUGUCCAUACAGUGGUUUGGCUAUGACAUUAAAUGCACGUUUUUGUAUAGUGGUCUGGUGGGUUGUAACGAGGUGCCUAGUAAAUUGUUCUUGAAAGUUAAAAACUGCAGAAACUCUGGUCUAUUUGACCCUGUAAGAAAGAGUUUAUAUCUAUAAAAACACUAGGUGUGCAAUUUUAGCACAUUCUUUCUUAACCCUUUAAGGACCAAACUUCUGGAAUAAAAGGGAAUUAUGACAUGUCACACAUGUCAUGUGUCCUUAAGGGGUUAAAGGACCACUAUGGUGCCAGGAAAAAAAUACUCGUUUUCCUGGCACUAUAGUGCCUUGCCGGGCUCUAGGGGGAGGAAGGGGUUAAACUUACCUCUUUCUCCAGCGCCGGGCGGGGAGCUCUCCUCCUCCUCUCCUCCUCUUCGGCUGAAUGCGCAUGCCCGGCAGGAGCUGCGUGCGCAUUCAGCCAGUCCAUAGGAAAGCAUUCACAAUGCUUUCCUAUGGACGCUGGCGUCUUCUCACUGUGAAAAUCACAGUUAGAAGCGCGGAAGCCCUCUAGCGGCUGUCAAUGACACAACCACUAGAGGCUGGAUUAACCCAUAGGUAAACAUAGCAGUUUCUCAGAAACUUCUAUGUUUACAGAAAAAAGAGUUAACCCUAGCUGGACCUGGCACCCAGACCACUUCAUUAAGCUGAAGUGGUCUGGGUGCCUAGAGUGGUCCUUUAACCCCUUAAGGACCAAACUUCUGGAAUAAAAUGGAAUCAUGACAUGUCACAUAUGUCAUGUGUCCUUAAGGGGUUAAGGGAACACUCCACUGAAAAUAUCCAAGAUUAACAUUUAUUUUUCUAAUGUAUGGAUCCAAUAGCCCAUAAAGAAGUAUACAAACAAGUUAGAUUAACAAAAAGCCUUUACAGUUAGUUAUCACAAUUCAAACAGUUGAAAUUAGAUAGACUUGCUUUUCCUGCUUUGAAAAACGUAUUAAGUAAUACUAACCUGGGUUAUAUAGAGUCAUGUCUAUAAUUGUACUGUAUUAUGUCUUGUAUUGGAUCCAUAUUGUACUGUGAUUUUUAUUUAUAUGUUUAUAUAUAAAUAUGUGUAACCUGAGUUGUUUUGUUUUGUGUCAUUUUUCCAGCUAUUAUAGUGUACAGGUUGCCAUGGACCUGGAAAUGUAGCAAGCUGUUAAUGAAAUGUAUACAUGCCGGCCUUCAUCUCGUAGCCAUUGUUCUUGUGAUCGUGGCUAUGGUUGCUGUGUUUGAGUAUCACAAUUCUUUCAAAAUCCCCAAUAUGUUCAGCUUGCACAGCUGGGUUGGCUUGACGGUUGUCAUCCUUUUUUUUUUACAGGUCAGUAUCUCCAAAUUUAUAAAUUUGUCAGUAAAUUGGCUCAGAAUUUCACCAGCGGAGUUAGAUCAAGGCCCAGUUCACCUGUCACUAAAUAACAGUAAAAAUAGACGAGGCAGCAGUGGCUAGGGCGGGUGGAGGACAUACAGGCAGCGGAAGCCGCACAGGCGGCACUACGAGGUAAUAGUGACAAACAUGCUGAAAGUUGGCGACCUUGGUUCAUAUACAUAGCGGACAGACAGGGGACUAGAGGGGAGGACGCCACAUCUGAGGUUGACUCAACUUGGAGAGAGGUGAACAUAACACAAGGAAAGGAUAAGACGACCAUUGCGCAUAUCGGCAAUCUUUAAGGAAAUUUAAUUUCGGAUUAUAUACACACAUAUCAAAGCAUGAGUACACGACCAAUACUCCCUCCGCACUCCUCCCCCACUUCCCUUUCCCCUCUCCCCCCCUCAUUUGUAUAACAAACAAAAAAUAUUUAAAAUUUUUGCAUUUUUUGAAAAAAAAAAUCCCUCUCUCUCUACUCCACUUAUUUGCCUUACUUCUCAUUCUCUGUUUCUGAGCCGCAACUAUGUUACAUACGUUUUCCCUCAUUUAUCUAGGCUUAGGCGAACGACAAUCACGAAGGGAAGUAUUAACUGGCAUUUACAGCUAAUACAUGAGUCCGUGUGGGGUGAAAUGACAUGGCUUGACUGCAAAAACCCAUUUCCUUGAAAAGUGACAGAGCCUUAUGACACACUUUCGUUAAUCAUAAUCACACAACCUUAGUCAGGCAUCCACACAAUCUCAAGCAAGAAGAAACGGCUCCUCACAUUGUAAAUGACUAACUCUAAGCUCACUUAGGGGUUUGAUCAAGAGAAGGGUGGCUCAGGUAUCAAGAGCCUCAGUUAGUCACACAAAGGACACUCACUCGCACUGAUAAAGCAGAUGUAAUAAGUACACCUGUAUCACGUAUAUGUCAAUGUUCACAUAAUACUGAAUGUUAUUUCCGCGUUGGAGACCUGCGUGUCUCUAGAUGUUGAUCUAACGCUCAUCUUUACAUGCUUUGAAAAAUCAAUAAAAUGAUUUACAAAAAAAGUAAAAAAUACAGUAAAAUAAAAAAUUAUAUUAUAGAACACUUAUUACUACGGGAGCUGACAAAUAAUAAUUCUAGAUCUUGGGUCUGUCCUUGAUGACUAUGUAUAGCAGGGGUGACCAAAAGGUAGAUCUCCGGAUGUUGUAGAACUACAAAUCCCAUGAUGCUUUGUAUGUUUUUGCAUGUCUUUAAAAUGACAAAGCGUCAUGAAAGUUGUAGUUUUCAAACUUCUGGGAUCUACCUUUUGGGAACCCCUGAUGUACAGAAUAUAAAAUGGGUUAUACGAAAGUCAUGGUUACUGCACAUACAUAACAUUCUAACCACCUUAUUUAUCAUUUUAGCUGGUUAUGAGCAUUUUCGUCUUCCUCUUGCCCAUUGCGUCAGAUUCUCUCAGAGCUGCUCUGAUGCCAAUUCAUGGGUACAUGGGUCUUCUCCUCUACGGGUCUAUUAUUGCAACAUGUCUUAUGGGAAUCACCGAGAAACUAAUCUUUACGUUGUAAGUAUGAAUGAGAAAAACACAAUUAUUUGACUAUUAUAUUUUGUGGGAUAGAGCAGGCUACUGCAAUAUGAAAAUAUAACAAAUGAUCUUUUAUUAAGCCACAUGUUCUAAUAUCUGACUCAGUGAUGGCUAACACCAAAAUGGAACCCCAACAUCUUAUCAAAUACAAUUCAGGAACAUCUGGGGUGCUAAGCUUAGCCAUCACUGCACUGGGUAGAACUGUCACUAGCAAUUGGUGUUACAUUUUAUAUCAGACCAUGUGCAGUCAGGAAUGCACAGCAAUAUAGGAAGAGAAACGAGCAGACUUCAUACGAAUGAUUAUUAUUAUUAUUUGACUAGAAGCCAAAAUGGAGGCAUCCAAAUACAGGAUAGAAGUAACUACAGUGGUGUGGAUUCCUAAUUUUUUUUAAUUUAUGACCUUACAUGCACAUAUUUGUUAAGGGGACACUAUAGUCAUCAGAAACACUACUGUAGUGGUUCUAGUAAUGUAGUGGUUCUGGGGUCUAUAUCCUGUCCAUGCAUCCUUAGCACUGUAAACCCGGCCUUUUUUUUUUUUCCUCGAAAGAAGGCAGUGCUUACAUUGUUGCCUAAUAACACCUCUAGUGGUCUAGAGGCAGUCACUCAUAUGCCAUUAGAGGUGCUUUCUGUGUCAGUGCUGCACAGUGUGCAACGACGGCAUUCAGCGUCUACACGCUCUGCAUGGAGGCGCUGAAUGUUUCCCAUAGAGAUAAGGAGAUGCUGAUUAGCUCAGUGUGGCGUUUUGCAGUGCAUGAGCAAUUGUUAAUCUCAGCCAUGGAGGUGGGGCCAGCCACAUUGAGACCGGCGUAGUGUGGGAGAAAAAAUGAGUAAAUUACCUUUAAUCUCCGGAGUGAGUAUAUGAUAUUUCCAUUGAAGAAUUGUUUACUGAUCUCAUCUUCUAAUUAAAUUAGUUUUCAAAUGAAUAAUAAUGAAAUGAUUUGUUUCUCUGUGAGAAGAAUGUAACACUUAUUAUUGCCCUAAACCAUUAAAAUAUAAUUUUCAUUUAUUUUUAGGAAAGAGCCACCGUACAGUAAGUUACCUCCAGAAGCAAUCUUUGUAAAUACCCUGGGCCUUCUUAUCGUGGUUUUCGGUGGUUUGGUAAUUUGGAUUGCCACUCGACCUGCAUGGAAGCGUCCUCCAAACUAUGACGUCAAAGCCCCACUUCCCAAUGGUGGUAAUCCUACUGAUACAGCGGACAACACUACUGUCACGGAUCACAAACCUGACCUGGAACUGAACAGUGACGCUGCCAGAAAACGAAACCUGCAACUCGAUGAAGCAGGUGAAAGGUCAACAAUGUGAAAAAGAUUUUGAAGACUAACACAACGGACCUGUGUCAUUUUUAAUCAACCUUGAUUUUACCAAAUCGCACUGCAGAGGAAAAAGGGACAACUCAAUUAACUUUUGGAUUUUAUAAAUCGCACUUUUUGGAACAAUACAACUUAAUGUUAUCAUUGAGCUGUAAUAAAUCAAUCAAAUUAUUGUGACUGUAUCCAGAACCUGUAUUAUCAAGAUUCCAGAAACACCCAUGGCUUGAGCCCAAAGGACAACUUAUUGACCUCUACUCUAACAGAACAGCGGGGAUCUGUCAUGAUAGAUCCCCACCUUUUUAUGUUAUAUCCGCUCUCUCCGUGAAAAGCAUGCUGUCGAUACUCAUUUAAAGCAUGACCAGAUAAUCAGUUCCACCAUACCACCUAAGUAAUAAAGGGGUGCUGAUUAAAGGUCUGUUCUUCAGUACCUCCUACCAACAGCCACUUGGGGGGACAACACACCCACUCCCUUAGCAGCAUGGCAGAGAAUUGUGUUACUGAUUUAGAUUUUUAUAAUACGUCGCUGGAGAAGCAGUUGUUUGAUGUAAGAAUGAAAAUACUCUAAUAUCCUCCUGUCCCCGUGACAGAUGUAAAGAUCUGCUGCUCCAGCGCCCAAGUCAAAGCCUAUACAUCUGACCCAUCCUGAGUGACCUGUACCUUUUCUGCCAUCUUGCUGUUUGUGUUUUGAUGCCCAGAAGGUGCCGUGAUGUAGGACAUGGCUGGGGUGCAGGACAGUGAAGGACCAGAGGAUAAAUUUGUUCCAUACACAACACAGAAAUGGGAGAGGAUAUGAGUGGUGGCAGGGGGCUCCAAAUUACCCCACCAUAGAUAAAAAAAUUUCCGAGACAUGCUGAGCAUGGUAGACAAAUAUAUUGUUUUUAUAGACGAUCAAGCAUUUCUAAGAUUUGAACACAUUCCAAAUCAAAAACAUCCGCUUCCGUUGUCAAGAUGGAAGUGCCUUCAUAAACACUAACACGGAAUAUUUUUUUGUUGUGAAGACAAUGUUUGCUUUUUUUUCUAAUUAAAGUUUUUAAUUAAAAAGUUUUCAAUAUGACAUUAAAGAACAAUACAGUCAGAAGUGGAGAAUUGUAGGCAAAAAUUGGCAUAUAAGUACAUAUGCCAAGAAAAAAAAAUGAAAACAUAAAAUAUAUGCAUUUUUUAACAUCAACAAGAAAUAUGGUUCUAAGGACACAUAAGAGGUUAUUGUAUGUCUUUUAAUUAAAUGAAUACUCUUAAAGACUUUUAAAUUACAGAUUGAUUUUGACUUUGUUUUUUUUUUAAUAAAAGUCAGCAUCAGCGCAGGCCCCAAUCAAUCAGGGAAAGAGCUUUUUACAAAAUGAUGAAGAGAACUUCGAGUCCCUUCUAUCCGUUCCAUGUACUUAUAUUCCAAAAUGCUAGAAUGGCAAAAAUAUAAACAUCUGCAGUCAUUCAUGUGUGCACUUACCAUUUUGACUUCUUGAUUUUCACAUCUAAUUCUUCAUAAAUGCCAAUGUGGAUCUUUAAAUUGUACUGUGUAUUUCAUUUUAACUCCUCCUCUCCACCCCCAAAAAAGGGCAAUGAAGAAAUCUGACUGGCAUUCAUUUAAACGUCCUUUAUAAUAUUUAAAGGGAAACUAUAGUCACCUGAACAACUUUAGCUUAAUGAAGCUGUUUUGAUGUAUAGAACAUGCCCCUGCAGCCUCACUGCUCAAUCCCCUGCCAUUUAGGAGUUAAAUCCCUUUGUUUAUGAACCCUAGUCACACCUCCCUGCAUGUGACUUGCACAGCCUUCCAUAAACACUUCCUGUAAAGAGAGCCCUAUUUAGGCUUUCUUUAUUGCAAGUUCUGUUUAAUUACGAUUUUCUUAUCCCCUGCUAUGUUAAUAGCUUGCUAGACCCUGCAAGAGCCUCCUGUAUGUGAUUAAAGUUCAAUUUAGAGAUUGAGAUACAAU